AUGCGCAACCUGCUAACGCAGCUCCUGGCCAUUGGCCCCGAGCUGGCCUCCUUCAUCCUCACAUCGCCAUUAGUCUUCGCCAGACCUACAUACGCCCUCACACCGACCGAAGCGCCAUCACCGAACCUCGACAUAUCGCAGCUGGGCCGCGUCGCGCUGGUGGGCGACUUCGACAGCAUAUCGCUGUACCAGUAUGAAGGGCAGACGGAGAAUGUGCUCAACACCAAUGGCAGCCAGUCGCUGCUAACACGAUAUCCCAAUGGCGCCUUCGAGUCGCUUGGCCUUUCGGACGCGUACAUCGAAGCAAUGUGCACAUUUCGUCGCGGCGGAACCGUGCAUGGGGUGGUACUCGGCGGAAACUUCACAAGCGUGGCUGGUGUGCAAGCACAAAGUGUGGCACUGUGGGACCCGGACACUGGUGGCAUCACUCCACUGCCUGGAAUCAAUGGUAAGGUAUCUUCUCUUUAUUGUGAUGAUGAUUCGGGCACGGUGUAUGUGGGCGGCAUGUUUACGGCGGGGAACUCGACGAAUGCGAUGGCAUGGACAACUGAGUGGACAAACUUGCCAUUCUCGGGGUUCAAUGGGCCUGUAUAUUCCAUCGAGAAGAACGCAGCGGGUAAUAUUGUCUUUGGUGGCGAGUUCAGUGGGCUUGGCAUGGCAGGCAAUGGCAGCAGCAGCAGUGCCAGCAACAGCAGUGCUUCUAUCAAUUCUGACGCGCAGGUCAUUAAUCUCGCGGGUGGCGACAUCGGCGCUACUGGUACCACGACAACUGCUGGCUUCGACGACCCCACGAACAUCAUCUGCAAGACUGGUGAGGAGGACGGACCUGGCAAUACUUGGCUCCUGGCCGACAACACCGGAGGCUGGUGGCAGGGGCAGUUUUCUUUCGGCUUCAUCCCGACGAAGCUGCGUUUGUACAACACCAAGUAUCAAGGCCGUGGCACGAAGACGUUCUACUUCGAGAACCUCAACAGUGGCGGCAUCCUAAACCUCAACUACAUUGACGUCGACGGGCAGAACCGGUCUUGCUCCCUCAACUGUCCCCUGCCGCGCGGCAACAGUACCUACCAGGACUUCUACAUGGUCCCAGCGGUCGGCAUGGACUCCUUCCGUAUCUUCAUUACCGAGUGGUAUGGCGAUGGUGGCGGUCUUGCUGGCAUCGAGAUGUUCCAGGAUGAGCUCUACUCCUUCGCCAUCAAUGACUUCAACGAGCCGCAGUGCGAUGGCGUUAGCAACGGUUCAAGUUCCACUGUCUCUCCCUCCAAUGGCACCUGGACCAGGAUACCGAACAAUGGGCAGACAAGCUCGGACUACCUCUCUGCAACAUUAACGACAAAGGCGCAGGUUGCCGAGAGUCCUUCAGUUGUGUUCAGGCCGAACAUUGCUCAGUCUGGCAACUACUCGAUCUUGGUUUACACUCCUGGCUGUCUUCAAGACAACAGCUGUAAUACCCGAGGUGAUGUUAACAUGACUGGCACUAUGACCUCGGAUCAACCACCAGUCUCGACAACCAUCUCGCAGACCAACUACUACGACAAGUUUGACCAGAUUUACUACGGCUACGUCGACGUCGACUCCGGCUCCUUCACGCCUUCUGUGACACUGUCGCCCAUUGCCGACCAGCCACUGCCGCAGACCAUUGUCGCACAGCGAGUCCGUUUUGAUAUUGUCACUUCGACUGGAGGUUUGAACGGUCUUUUCGAGUACAACCCCGACAAGGCGACCGUUGCGAUGGACUUCUCGGACUCGACCAUUGAUACCGCUGGUGCUGAUCUGGAUAAUGGCGCACUCAUCAAUUGUGUCGUCAGCUACAAAAACCAGAUCUGGGCAGCUGGCACCUUCACCGGAGACGGGAUCCAGAACAUCAUGAAGAUUGGCGGCAAGGCUACCUCUCCACCUGGUAGUGGUUUGAACUCGGACGUGGAGGCUGUGUACCUCGACGGCUCCUUGAUGUACCUUGGAGGCAACUUCACUAACACCGUGGACGACUCUGAGGAAGGCUUGAACAAUGUCGGCGCUUUCGACCUCGAUGCCAACGAGUGGGUAACUCUUGGUGCUGGCGUGGACGGCGUGGUAUGGGAUAUUGUACCAUUGGCACUCAACAUCACCGCUGGCAACCAGCAGGACUGCAUCACCAUCAACGGCAAUUUCAGCUCAGUCAACUCCUACGGCGACAAUGAUGCCUUCGACGCUGAUGGGUUCGCUGUCUGGGUGCCAAGCAAGAACGCAUGGCUGAACAACAUCCCCAAUGCCGACGCUUCUAUUAGUGGCCGACUGAUGGCGAUGACUCCGGUUCCUGGGUUGCAGUGGCCACUCUACGCCGGCCAGAUCACUUCACAAGCGAUGGACAUUAGUGGAGCUGCCGAGAUGAUUGGUUCUGGCGAUCUCGAGCUUCAGUCGUUCGGCAUUACCAUCCAGCCCAGCUCGUCAUCGUCGUCGUCGAUGCGCAAGCGUGCUGUGACCAGUCAAGACCACGACGGAGUCUACACUGGCUUCUUCUACGACGAUAACAACAUGAAUGUGACCAUCUUUGGAGGCCACUUCGACGCUACUGCCAGCGAUGGUUCGACUCUGCACAACCUCAUCUUCGUCGACAACAGUGGGUCGUCUCAGGACAUCGCAGGAGCAGAGGAGCUCGACAACGACUCUACAGUCAUGGCAAUGGAUGCAUACAACAACUUCAUCUUCGCAGGAGGGUCCUUGACCGGCACUGUUGGUGAUAACGACAUCAACGGCCUCAUCGUCUACGACCUGGACCAGCUCGAGAUCGCCUCGCCUCAUCCACCAGCGCUUGGUGGUGACAAUGUUGUUGUCAAUGCUGUCGCUACGCAACCCGAUUCAAGCAACAUCUACGUCGGCGGCAGUUUCGAGGAAGCAGGGUCGUUGCCGUGCGCUACACUCUGCUACUACGAUGCCAGCGCUCAGCAGUGGAACACACCUGGGCUUGGCUUGGAGGGCACGAUCACUGCCAUGUUCUGGUCUUCGAAGACGGAGCUCAUCCUUGCCGGCGACCUGACUGUCGGCGGCAAGCAGACGACGAUGGCCACCUACAACUCGAAGCAGAGCCAGCAGACAUUCACCGCAUACUCUGGAGCAGGUUCUCUACCAGGCCCGAUCAGCGUGCUCACGCCGGCUACAAGCGGGUACAAUGAGUUUUGGGCUUCCGGUCUUUCGUCCGACGACAACUCACCUUUCCUUUCGCACUACAUGGAUGGCUCUUGGUCUCGCAUCAACGGACUUGGAGACGGAUCAGACAUUCGCGGCAUCCAAGUCAUGACUCUGACUUCCGAUCACGACUCCACUAACGAUAUUCCCAAGGAUGAAGUCCUGAUGCUUGUUGGCAACAUCAACAUCCCGAACUACGGCAAUGCAAGUGCUGCGCUCUUCAAUGGCACCGACUUUGAGCCAUUCGCUCUUACCAACAAGGAAGACGGCACACAAGGCACGAUCGCUCACAUAUUCGUCAGCAACCCCUCAGCACUCAUGAAGAUGGGUGGUGGGAACCUUGCCGUCGGCUUCGUUGUCCUGAUCGGUCUCGCGAUCGCGCUGGGUCUGAUUUUCUUCAUCGUGGUUGCCGGGAUCCUCGUCGAGCGGGCUCGGAGACGCCGAGAAGGCUACGUCCCGAUGGCCUCACAUCGGAACGGCAACUUGAACCGCAUCCCGCCAGAAACAUUACUCGGCGGCCUCCACGGCGACAAGAGCAGUCCACCGAAAGUGUGA